CUAGCUCCAAAGUUACUCUCUCUCUCUCCUCCCUGCGAGUCUUUUAUUCUCUCUCUCUCUCUGAGAUUCUUUUAUUAUCUCUCUUAGUCAUCUCUUACACAUAUACUGAGUGUACUGAUAGCCUGCUGCAACUGGGACUGUCUCCAGCAGUGUGUAGUCUGUUUAUUAGUAGACUACUCUCAUAUUCAGAGAGAGAGAGAGAGAGAGAGCUUGCACAGUUUCACUUGCAGUGCUGCUUUCUGGGCGCAGUGAGGACUGAGAAAGAAAUAUUAGAGAGAGAGAGAGGAGGCAGAGGAGGAGGCAUAUAAAAGAAAGGAAGGAAUGCAGCAGCAGCAGCAGCACCUGAUGCUGAUGCAGCCCAUGAUGGCAGCCUACUAUCCCUCCAACGUCACCACUGAUCAUAUUCAACAGUAUCUUGAUGAGAACAAGUCAUUGAUUCUUAAGAUUGUUGAGAGCCAGAAUUCAGGAAAACUGAGCGAGUGUGCAGAGAACCAAGCAAGGCUUCAGCGAAACCUUAUGUACCUAGCUGCCAUUGCGGACUCUCAGCCUCAGCCAUCAACCAUGCAUUCUCAGUUCCCUCCCAGUGGGAGUUUACAGCUGGGAGCUCACUACAUGCAGCACCAACAAGCUCACCAGAUGACGGCACAGUCCCUUAUGGCUGCACGAACCCCUACGUUGUACAGCCAACAGCAGUUCUCGGCUCUGCAACAGCAGCAGGCCUUGCACGGCCAGCUGGGCAUCAGUUCCAGUGGAAGCAUCGGGCUUCACAUGCUUCAGAGCGAAGGUAAUAGUUCUGGAAACACUGCAGCAGUUGGAGCUGGAGGGUACCUGGAUUUUGGCCGUGGCAUUGCUGCAGAUGGAAGCAAGCAAGACAGUGGAUCUGCUGAAGGGCAGGGGAGGAGCUCGGGGGGCCAUGGUGGCGAAGCGCUUUACUUGAAGUCUGGCGAAGAUGGUAACUGAGUGGUGGAAGGAUGUUGGCCUAGUGAUAGGUUUGACAUAUGAUCGUUCGAACAUCUAUGGAAGUUUAGACGGUGAAAAACUAACCGUGUAGUUGACUUGUUAUCCAAUUCACCAACUGAGGAUUACUUUGAACCUCUUGUUUUGUUCCAAACUAAAACACAAUGCAUCUUAUGGUUUAGUAUAUUGUGAAUUGGUUAACUUUGUUACUGUUUGUCAGC